UCCCCUCGGUUCUCUCUUUCCCCCGUUCCUGCGCGCUCCCUGCCGCGUUCCCCCACCUCCGCUUCCCCUCCGCGGUCCCCGUGCCGGGACGCAGCGAUGAGGACCCGUCCCGCCGUCCUUCUCCCACCGGGCAGCCCCGAGCUCAAGGCACUGCUGAGGCUGUGAGCACCCGUUCCGUCCCUGCUGUGAGCGCCCGCUGUCAGCGGGUCCUGGGCACCACGCAGAGAUGACCACCUCGGCCCUGCGCCGGCAGGUGAAGAACAUCGUGCACAACUAUUCAGAGGCGGAGAUCAAGGUGCGAGAGGCCACCUCCAAUGACCCCUGGGGACCCCCCAGCUCCCUGAUGUCGGAGAUCGCGGACCUCACCUUCAACACGGUGGCCUUUGCCGAGGUCAUGGGGAUGAUCUGGCGACGGCUGAACGACAGCGGCAAGAACUGGCGGCACGUGUACAAAGCCCUCACCCUGCUGGACUACCUCAUCAAAACCGGCUCCGAGAAGGUGACCCACCAGUGCCGGGAGAACCUUUACACCAUCCAGACGCUGAAGGACUUCCAGUACGUGGAUCGUGACGGCAAGGACCAGGGCAUCAACAUCCGGGAGAAGGUGAAGCAGGUGAUGGCGCUGCUGAAGGACGAGGAGCGGCUGAAGCAGGAGCGGGCGCACGCGCUGCAGACGAAGGAGCGCAUGGCCCUGGAGGGGAUGGGCAGCGGCAGCCAUCAGUCCACCUACGGCCGCCGCGCAUCGCCCUAUGGGGACGACUAUGGCCGGACGCGGGGCUCACCCUCCUCCUUCAACUCAUCUUCCUCGUCCCCGCGGUUCGCCUCUGACCUGGAGCAAGCGCGUCCCCAGACAACGGGUGAGGAGGAGCUGCAGCUGCAGCUCGCCCUGGCAAUGAGUCGGGAGGAGGCCGAGAAGAAGCCACUUCCUCCAAUUUCCAGUACAGAUGAAGAAAGGCAAUUGCAGCUAGCGCUCGCGCUGAGCAAAGAGGAGCAUGAGAAGGAGGUGAGGGCAUGGCAAGGGGAGAACUCCCUGCUGCAGAGAGCCUUGGAGGAGACUGCCCAAGGUGGGGAGGAAGAAGAGGAAGAGGAUAAGAUGAAGAAAAGCCAGUCCUCUAUCCUGGAGCUGGCUGAUAUAUUUGGGCCGGCACCAGCUCCUUCCAGCCACACGUCCGCUGACCCAUGGGAUAUGCCAGAUAUGAAACCCAAAGCGGAGCCAGCAGCCUGGACUGGCACAGCAGACCCCUGGGUGCCAGUGCUAUCCAGCAGUGGGGAGCCCAUGCCCCAAGCAGGCACUACAUCCCAGCAAACCGUUGCAGGGCCCUGGGAUUUCCCCCCUGCCUCUGCUGAUCCAUGGGGGAAGGCAGCUGCCUCAUCUGGCUUCACCCCUGCAGACCCUUGGACAGCCGCGUCCCCACCAGCCCAGGGCUCCGGCGCUACGCCAGCCACUGACCCUUGGGCUGCUGUGGCUGAGCCUAACCCUAACCCUGCUUCAGGGGGGGAUGCUUUCGACCUGUUUGCAAAGCAACCCGAGGCAGCUGAGCAGCCGGAGAUGGAGCAUUCGCAGCCGCCCUCCUCGGUGAAGUCCAGCAGCCCCGCCGAGUUGGACCCUUUUGGCGACCUGUUCCCCGGCACCAAGCAGGACCCGGCCAAGAGCUUUGACCUCGCUAACCUGGCCGACUCGCUGCCCGAAUCCUGCAAGGAGCGGAAGGACUGUAAAACCCCCGAGGCUUUCCUCGGCCCCGCCGCCUCCUCGCUGGUCAACCUGGACUCGCUGGUGGCACCGCCGCAGGCCGCCAAGACGCGCAACCCCUUCCUGUCGGGGCUCAGCACGCCGUCCCCCACCAACCCCUUCAGCCUGGCCGAGCAGCCCAAGCCCACGCUCAACCAGAUGCGGACCGGCUCC